AGGAAGUAUGUGGCCUGUUUGGCAAAUGCUGCUCUACAUGACAGCGUGAACUUCACAACACACUCAUUCGCCCGGCUGCUCCUCGGCUGGAUCAGCAAACCUUGCUGGCAGCACGAGAGCACGACUAUGACUACAGCUUUUCUCAGAAAUACUGCAACCUGGAAUGCCAUGCCUAGCAUUUAAAGUUCUGAAGAACUUUGAGGGAAUUAGCGAGCACAAUGGGAAAUACUGUGAAAACUCUGAGAGCAUCCGAGGAAACCAGCGCGCCGAGCCAGGCGGGUCAGGAGAGUGACUUCCUGGCUGUUCUCCAUGACUACCCUUCAGCAGACAUAAGCCAACCUAUAUUUCACGUAGGGGAAAAACUACGUGUGCUAUCAGAUGAAGGAGGCUGGUGGAGAGUCCAUUCCCUUACAACAGGUCGAGAAAACUAUAUUCCAGGAAAAUAUGUAGCAAAGGUUUAUCAUGGCUGGUUAUUUGAAGGGCUGGGAAGAGAAAAAGCAGAGGAACUUCUACAGCUACCCAAUACCAAGGUCGGCUCCUUCAUGAUCAGAGAGAGUGAAACCAGGAAAGGGUUAUAUUCCUUGUCAGUGAGGCACAGGCAAGUGAAACAUUACAGGAUCUUCCGCCUCCCAAAUAACUGGUAUUACAUCUCCCCACGGCAAACCUUCCAGUGCCUUGAAGACCUUGUCAAUCACUACUCAGAAGUUGCAGAUGGUCUCUGCUGUGUCCUUACAACACCGUGUCUUACCCAGUGCACUAACAACAACACCGUGGUGGAUCCGGUUCCUCCUGUGGUGAUGCGGAAUAAAAACUUCAACUGGAGAAACAUUCACAGGCUGGAGUUGGCUGAAGAUGCCAAAAGCACCCUGGCAGCAAUGGAUGACUCUUGCCUCAGCUAUGGCCUGAGGGAAAGCAUUGCCUCCUACCUCUCCCUAACUGAGGAUGACAACACUUCUUUUGCAAGUGCCAGGAAGAAGAAAUCCCAAUCUCUCAUAUACACAGGGAGCAAACGUAAGAGUGCCCUUCACCUGCCACCUACACUCUAUGACAACUAAAUAUAAGACAAACAGGAAAAAGCCAAAAACUGACGGGUUAGAAGAGAAACCAGAGCAUCCUGUGGUCCUGCAUCCUUCAACAGCUGAGAGAUACAAUCAGCUAAGCUGGUGACCAAACACCAGCAGUUCUGCAUUUCCUCUUCUGAGUGCUCACCAGAGACCUUCCAAGGGUGCUAUCUCAGCCAUGGCAUAUGCUGGGAAUGUCCCCAGUGCCCAGAACUGGUUCACAAGCAGGAUACUGAGACAGACUCUAAGUCAAAAGCCAAGGGUUGCAGGUGACUCUUCAGCAGGGGCAAUGCCCAGCGUUGUGCAGAGGUGACUGCACGGGGAAGGACUAACUGCAGCUCAAGAACUUAAAUUAAGUCUAACUCUGGUAUUCUCCACAAGGCUGAAAACCUUCUUUACAGAAUCUAUCUACAAUGAAAAAAGGAGCAUUUUUCUUUUCAAGAUAGACUUAACUAUUGUCAUGGAAAUGGGUCAGAGAGACAUCAAUAACCCCAAGAAAGUAACAUCCAGCAUCCAAGAAACAGCUGAUUAUAGUGACUCCAUACUUAUCUUUUAGGAGAAAAAAAUUCAAAUCACUGACUUUAAAACUAGCAUUUAAUUCACUUGCUGGCAAUGGCCUGCAGUGUAAUAAAACAGUCACAAAAUUAAGAACAGGCUUAAUUCACCAAAAAAAGCAGCUCCUGCUUAUACCUGAGAUGAGAGUUCAGGCAUAUCCAAACAUGUAAUUCAGCUGCUCAUAGUAAAGCAGAUAAACAGAGAACAAAAGGGGGUUUAAUUGAAAAGCAAGAUGUGAUGAUACUGUGCCUAACUGCAAAGGUUGGAUUGCAAAGGUGUGACCUUUUAUGUGUACAGGGAGAUAUUUUAACUUUGACUUCUGAAGUCAGCCACAUAUUUAUGUAUAAUAUUUAUAUUAAUAGCAGCUUUUAAAAUAAUUAAACUAAGGGAACAAAUCAGUAACAGUGGAUGUUAGAGAUUUUUCCUAAUUUCUUGUCUGGCAAGUUACGUCAAACAGUAAUUAAACUUUCCAUCAAACCACUUCAGGAUUAGAGGGUUUUCUGAAAUUUCAUUUAUUUUUUUACAGGUAUGUACCCUUUUCUAAGUGAUAAAGGAGCAAGUAGCAUUUUCCUUUGAACCUGCUUGUGACUGCUUUCUAAACCAAGCAAUCACUCUUGUCUGAGUGUGUAAAAUGCUGCAAGCUAUGCUCUCAAGCUGAGAAAGUUUCAAUCCAAUAUUCUCUUGUACCUUUUUGCACAGAUUUGAAUAAUGAAGGUUUGGUGAAAUAGAGAAUUUGAGAGGUUAUAUAUACAUAUAUAUAUAUAUGUACAUUUUAUCUAAACAUUUCUUAGGACAAGUCUACGUGCUCUUUAGAUCUUGUAUCAGGUUGUUUGCACUAGCAAGAAAGGUUCAGAGAUCAAAACAUUUCAUAGCUUGUUUAAACAUAUUUCAGGACUUAAAGGAUGAAUGUGAUUUGGCUGGUAAACACUGAACUCUAAAGAGCAAAACACACUCAGGAAGUCUAGGCAUUUGUAUAAUCUAAUUACUGUUACUGAUAAUCAAUACAUUAUGGUGCCCACAUUUUAUCCAUGAAAUGUAUAUGGGGAGCAUUUCAGAUUUCUAAGUCAUGACUUGUAUUUAUUCAUUAAAAUAAUAUUCAGAAGUUACUUUGUGUUGCUUUUAGAAAAUGGAAAACCUAGUGUGUAACUAGUACAAGCACCCAGCCUUGCAAUGGCAGUGCCAGAGGGUAUCUUGGGUGGAAGGUGACAAAAGAAUGCCAGAGCCCACACAACUGGCAGCACUUGGACACACUCUGUGAGAAGGGGAUAAGACAUUCUGAUGGUGACAGGAUCAACAACCACAGACCAGUUCAGUGUGGAAAGGAACCCCAGGCAUCCUCUGAUCCAACCCCUCCCUGCUCCACCUUGAGCCAUUUGCCCAGGACCACAUCCAGGAAUAUCUUCAGGGAUGGAGACUCCACAACCUUCCUGGGUGACCUAUGUAGACACUGUCAUCCUCACAGUAAUGACAAGAUAAAGUGAAAAAAACUAAUUAAAUGUGCCAUAGGGGUGGCAGGAUUUCACAGAUGGUUGUGGGGAAAUUCUGUGAGGUCUGGCCAUUUUUACAAGUAACUGAAAGACUUUAUUGGGGACCUUUUGGGAAACACAAGCUUGCAAGGGAUGACAUCCCCCAGUGAUCUUCUGCAAAUCUGACAUUACCUAUGAAAUGGUAUCAGAAGUACAAAAAUUGGGUAGGGAUGCAGCAAAACUGGUAUAAUGAAUAAAAGUAACCAAAAGAGGUGUUUGGUUUGUUUGAAAGGGAAUGAGACUGGUAAAGGAAGGGAACAAGGAGAUAAGAAUAGAGAGAAGAAAGGGGAUCUAAAGAGUAGCUAAUUACCAGGAUCAGGGAUAUUUAGGGUCAUCAGAGAGCCCUGCACCUGACUGCAGUGGAAGAGCAAUAAACCUUCUUUCCACUAUUGUCUGAUCUGCUGCCAUGGCCAGGAGGGACCUGGUGUCCUCCCCUGCACUGGGUGGAAGAAAGCUGGGAGCUGCCCUUGGCACCCACCAGGAAUGCCUGGAGAGGACACCUAACACCUUCCCCCUGCAGCCUCCUGCAAUCCAUGCCAUUGACCCAGUCAUCUACAUCAAAAUUGCACUGGUAAAUUAAUUGAGUGAUCAAAAUAUGGAAUCAAAUGCUCUUAAACCAUUUAAAACAAGACCAUAAUCACUGAUACCACUUAUUACUAAUCACACCACUGAAAGAUUAAAUAAAUUCUAAAAAGUCCCCAUGA